UUAUCUCCAUGAUUUUUGCACCAAAGACUCCUGCACCUUUAGCAGUACUAGCUCUUCUUCAUUACCUCACCGGAAAACACAAACAAAGAUUAAAAAAUGGUAGGAAUUCAAGCAACUCAAAGGCCGGAGAAGCCUCUCGGUCAAGCUGCCAUCCUUGCCCUCGCCACCGCCAAUCCAUCCAACGUGGUCGACCAAAGCACCUUCACUGACUACUACUUCCGCAUGACCAAAAAUGAAGAUGAUCUAGCUCUCAAAGAGAAGUUCAAACGUGUUUCGGCAAAAACAACAGUGAGGAAGAGGCAUGUCCAUCUAACUGAAGAAAUACUAAAAGAAAACCCAAACAUGUGUGAGUACAAGGCACCAUCAAUGGACGCACGGCAGGAGAUUAUAAUCUCCGCAGUGCCAAACCUCGCCAGAGAUGCUGCCGAGAAAGCACUAAGUGAAUGGGGUCAACCAAGAGAUGAAAUCACACACAUGAUCUUCUGUACUAUGUCCGGCUCCGACAUGCCCGGAGCUGACUACAGACUACUCAAGCUCCUCAAUCUCAAAACCAACAUAAAACGUCUCAUGUUCUACCACCUCGGCUGCUAUGCCGGCGGCACUGCUCUCCGUGUUGCCAAAGACAUCGCCGAGAACAACAAGAACGCCCGAGUUCUUGUUGUAUGUGCAGAGCUUAAUGUUGAUUUUUUCCGUGGUCCUGACGUGACCGACUUCUUCAACAGCUGCGCGCAAGCUAUUUUCGGUGAUGGUGCAGCCGCAUUGGUUAUCGGAGCUGAUCCGGUCAUCCCGGUAGAAAAGCCUUUGUAUGAAAUAGUAUCAGCGACGCAGGUUAUACUCCCCGACAGCGAACAUGCAGUCCAAGGACGUUUUAGAGAAGUUGGCUUGACAAUCCAUUCGACUGCACAAUUACCGGAUAUCAUAGCAAAGAACUUAGAACCAAGCUUGGUGGAAGCUUUUGAGCCUUUGGGGAUCUCUGACUGGAAUGAAUUGUUCUGGUUGGCUCAUCCAGGAGGGCCGGGAGUGCUGGAUAGAGUGGCGGAAGAGCUUAGGUUGGGGCCGAACAAGCUUGAUGAUUCCAGACAUGUGCUGAGAGAGUAUGGCAACAUGUCCAGUGCCACUGUUUUGUUUAUUUUGAAUGAGAUGAGACACCGGUCAGUGGCGGAGAAGAAGGGGACUACCGGAGAUGGGCUUGAGUUUGGAGUUCUUUAUGGGUUUGGUCCUGGACUCACAGUGGAGAUGGUGGUGCUCCGUAGUGUUCCUAUUUGAUUGAUUAGG